CUUUGAACAACUUCAUACCUCUCGCUCUUCUUAGCUUCUCAAUCUUCUCAUCGUCUUGCUAUUUCUCUCUCCAUCGACACUCUACGAAACAGUAAAACGAAAAACAUGUCUCUUUCUGGCAAGACCGAUAACCCCAGCUUCGUCCUCCGAGGCAUCCACGACACCGUGUACGAGGACAGGCCUAUUCCUGAGCUCGGACCCAAGGACGUUUUGAUCGAGGUCAAGAAGACCGGUAUCUGCGGAAGUGAUGUUCACUACUUGUGUCACGGCCGAAUCGGCAACUUUGUCUUGGACAAGCCCAUGUGUCUCGGCCACGAAUCCGCCGGAUACGUUCAUUCCGUCGGCUCGGAGGUGACCACUCAUAAGAAGGGAGACGCUGUGGCCCUGGAGCCUGGUGCGACUUGUAUGCGAUGCGAGUACUGCAAGGGCGGAAAGUACAACCUCUGCCCGGAUGUCAUCUUCGCCGCCACCCCUCCCUUCACCCUAGGAACACUCUGUCGAUACUACAAGCUCCCUCACGAGCUCGUCUACACCCUCCCGGACACCUGUACCUUGGAAGACGGAGCCAUGAUCGAGCCCCUUGCCGUGGGCAUCCACUCGGUUGCCAAGCUUGGAAAGUUCCAGACUGGUCAGAACAUCGUAGUCUUCGGAGCUGGGCCCGUAGGGUUGCUCUGUAUGGCUGUUGCCAAGGCUUUGGGCGCAAAGAGGAUUAUCGCUGUUGACAUCAACGCCGAGCGAUUGGCUUUCGCCAAGUCUUACGUCGCUACCGACAUCUUCCAGCCUCCCCCUCCUAAUCCCAACGAAGCCCGACCCGACUUUUCCAAGCGAGCCGCCGAUGCCAUGAUGUCCGAGCUCCACAUCGAGACCCGAGGAUGGGACGCCAUCGACCUCGUCAUCGAAGCGACCGGUGCCGAGCCCUGUGUGCAGAUGGGAUUGCACUUGGUCAAGCCCGCCGGAACGUUUGUGCAAGUAGGUAUGGGAGCGCCCAACUUGGUCAUCCCCAUGUACCUUGUUGCUGGAAAGGAGUUGGGAGUGUUCGGAUCCUUCCGAUACGGACCCGGAGACUACCCUAUGGCCAUCUCCCUCGUCGCCCGAGGGUUGAUCGACCUGAAACCCUUGGUCACCCAUCGAUUUAAGUUCGAAGAGGCCGUCAAGGCGUUUGGCGUCACUCAGAACGGAAAGGAUGAGGAUGGCAAGUCCGCCAUCAAGUGCAUCAUCGACGGACCCGAGUAGACGGAUCUCCGAUUCAGCAUAACAGUACAGGCUUCCAGGAUGAGUGUAUGAGCGAUGGGAUUGUAAAACAUGGUUUGGGGCUUCGCAGUAAUAUUGGAUACAUUUAGCAUUGCCGACAGGCUGA